UUCUUACAUGCCCUUCUUUAAAUUUAUGCAUCCCCUUAUCUAGUAAAAAAAAGUUCCACCACUGACACGCCUGUGAGUUCUUGCUUCCUCUCUGGGUGUCUGUUAAUCUUUUUCAAAACCAUCCUAAAGCAUGUUCAUUUAGAGCAAGACAUUGAUCCAGUAAUACAUCUAUGUAUGGAUCAGCUGCAGUUGAAAGAAAAGAGCACCCUCAAUUUCCAGUAAACUAGAUCUCCUUCACGGCAGAGUUUGGCCUUGGAUUUCUUCAACUUUUCGGAGAACUAUUUGAAGAGGCAUGAACAACGUAUAUGACAAAACGACAUCCACCAGAAAAGUAUUGAUCGCCUUCUUCCUCCUGGUCUUCCUUGUUUGCCUCCUGGUCUUCCUGUACAUGUGGCUGAACCGCAAGACUAAUGGCCAGUACACAGUCCGCCAACUGGUCUAUGGGCAGGAUGGGGCCAGGGACCGGAUCAUGGCUGGGGUCAGAGUCCUGGAAGUGCGGCUUGGGCGCCGGCUGUGGCCCCUUGGCGCGGAUGAGGAGGCCAUAAGAGAGGAGGAACACAAAAAUGAAGAGAGGGAUGUGGAGAGAGGGAGCGAGGGAAGGGAAAAUGAGGGGGAGGAGGAGGGCGAGGAGAGGGAAGACAGAGGGGAUGACUCGUCGGAUGACUACUCCAGCAUGGAGGGCUGUGACCUGAGGGAGAGAGCAAAGCUCACGGGUGAGAAGGAAGAGAUAAGAGAGCGUGAGGAGGAGAGAGAGGAGAAUAUGGAGGAAAAGUGGGAAAGCAAAGAGGAUGGAGAGAGUGAUGAGGGAGCAGUGGGAGGAGAAAAAAGUGGAGGAGGAGGUUUGCUGAUAGACCUGCAUCAGUUCUCUGGUAGUGCCAUCUGGUCUGAAGAUAGGAGUGAUGGGGGCAGAGACAAGGAUGAUGUGACUGCAUUGUGAAGGAAGGAUCAGCGAGGGAAAAUAGUUCCAUAUUUCAUCUUUUUUAAUUUUAAUUUUACCUUUGUACAGCAAUAGCGCUUGACUGUAGGUUUUGUCGUCAUUAUCAUCAUAAUUGUAAAUUGUAAACCUGACAAACCAGUGUUACAACCAGAUUACAACAAUCCGAGCAAAGAGCAACAGAGACAAAAGUGUGUGAAAUAAUAAAUCAAAGUUAAUAAAGGGACUGACAAGAGCAACAAUUGCAGAAUGAAUACAUUAAACAAUAUUUUUUAGAUAUUAAAAGCUUUUUUAAAAGUUUCAUAUGAUGAAGCUCA